AAAACCAUGGCGCUGGCGCUGUCAAACGCGUUCACGGCCAUGAGCCGCGAGGCUCGUCGUCAUGAGCGCAGAACGAAGAAUCCUGCGAACCCUGAGCUUCCUGCAUAUGAUGAGGAAGAGAUGCUCAUGAAGUUCGCCAUGCCGGGCCCAAAUGCGCCGGAUGAUUUUCUCAGCGGUGCCUUCGCUCCAAAGAACGCUAACGACAGCGAUCCGGCGCUCAAGUUUCUUCACGGAACGACCACGUUGGGGUUUGUCUUUUCUCAGGGUAUCAUUAUCGCGGUUGAUUCAAGAGCAAGCAUGGGAAGCUACAUCGGAUCGCAAACUGUAAAGAAAUGCAUUGAAAUCACUCCUUAUUUGCUCGGUACCAUGGCCGGCGGUGCAGCAGACUGCAUGUUCUGGGAGAGACACCUUGGUCGUCUUUGCCGUUUGUACGAGCUGAGAAACAAGGAACGCAUCACCACAGCUGCUGCGUCCAAGUUGCUUCAUAACAUCAUGUACUCGUACAAAGGAUACGGCUUGUCAAUGGGCACAAUGAUUGCUGGUUGGGAUAAGGAUAUUGGGCCAAACUUGUACUACUGCGAUAGCGAGGGAACCCGUGUGAAAGGACAGAAGUUCUCUGUCGGCUCUGGUUCUCCUUAUGCCUAUGGUGUGCUUGACGAGGGAUACAAGUUCGACAUGUCAAUUGACGACGCCUGCGAGCUCGGACGUCGUGCCAUCUACCACGCCACCUUCCGUGAUGCUAUGUCUGGAGGAAGAGUGUCAGUUUAUCACGUGCACGAGAACGGAUGGACGAAGAUCAGCAUGGAUGACGUGCAAUUGUUGCAUGAGAAGUACAUGAAGGAGGCGGGAAGGACGACACCAGCUUGGAACCACAUGUAACGUAGCAGGGCUGUGGGUGGUAUGAGGUUCGUCGAUGAUGGAAUAGAGGAUCUGUUGAAAUAUACUCGGGAAACGUUUG